GUAUUUUUAUUUUUGAAAUUGAUAAUAGGAGGAACAAUUUUUACAGAAGAAUUACUGCCACAACGCCCAUGCUUUAGCCUUGUGUUCCCGCGAAUGCAACUCCACCUUCCCCCAGCUCUUAUAAAUAUCCAGAAACUCACGCUCUAUCUCUCUCUCAUUAAUCACUCUCUUAUAAGAAUCAGUAAGUAGUUUUGAUAGAGAGAGAACCAGGAAGUACUGAAAGUCUUCCUCCUUUCCUGUCUUUCUCUCUCUAGAAAUGCGACCGAGUUGGGGCAGGACUCUAACAGAGCUCUACAAGCUCGGAUCAAAAAAGAAAAUGGAGAUGCCAAGAUACUUAUCUCCCAUAUUCAGCUGUAGCUAUGCCAAGGUCGUUGCAGUUGCUGAAGAGAACCCUAACCCUAAUCCCAGUCCAAAUCCCCAAGUGAAUUAUGGCCAGUUGCAGGUCAAUUUAAAUAAAAUGUUUUGGUCUAAGCCAUGUUCACUGGCAUUGGCUCUUGACUCACCUUUGAGAGUAGAAGAACCAAAAUAUGAGGGAUUUAAGUAUAUAAUGAUGAAAUUAUUGCUGUUUUACAGUAAACAGAGCAGAUCUAUUAGAGGGGCAAAUGUGCUCUACCGCCGGAUCAUUUCACAGGUGGACACUCCUGCCAUCUAUGAUGUAUUUUAUUUGGAAAAAACCUUUAGAACGACAUUUACUCUACUUGUGUUGCAUAUGUGGCUUUGCUUGCGCCGAUUGAAGGAAGACGGAAAAGAUGGUGUUGAGUUUGGGCAAUACUUGUAUGAAAUCUAUAAUCAUGACUUGGAAUUAAGAGUAUCAAAAGCCGGGGUCAAUUUGCUACUGACAAAAUGGAUGAAGGACCUUGAGAAGAUAUUCUAUGGUAAUAUAGUGGCAUAUGAUGCUGCCAUGCUAGCUGAUGCAACCAAGGACAAACUUCCAAAUGUGAUUUGGCGGAAUGUCUUCUCGGAUGAUGGGUCUCAGAUGCCAAAUGAUUCAGCAGCAAAUGCAGCCCAGGCCAUGGCGAGGUAUGCUAGGAGGGAGUUGGCAUGCUUAUCAUUAACAGACAAAGAAACACUAUUUUCUGGCAACUUUAUGUUUACUUCACUCAAAGGAUCGCCAGACACAUUAGAACCAUCGGUAUAAUUUCUUGGUAACCAGUCUUUAGAAGUACAGACUCGGGCUCGGAAUCGCCAGGUACCUACAGAUGACUCGGACUUCCUCUACUCUGUUGAGCCUUAAUAUAAAGUUCAAAGGAUUUAAAGAUUACUCAUCUGGACCUGGCAGCCUGCAGACUCGGCCUAGUUCGAGCCUGAGUCAGGAACUUUUUUAAACUCUGCAUGGAACAAAACAUUUAGAAAACACCUACCAUCUGCUGGGGAGAUGGCAUUUGAUUGGAGCAGAGUUAUUUAUUGGAAUUACCCAUUUUUCUAUUCAUUUUCUUUUUUCUUUUGGAUCCUACAUCAACAUGAUUGAGUUUAUUCUCCUCCAAGGGCCCUCUCUCUCUCUCAGGUGGUAAGGCCAGUUGAAGAACACCUACACCACAGUGUUUACAAACCUAACAAUUAUGAGUUAAAUGACACAAUGCAUCAUUGGCUUGUUUUAUACUCGUGUGAAUUCUUAAUGUUCUAAUAAAUAAUCGGUCUGAUCGAGCCAGUUUUUAUUGGAUUGAACUGGGUAGAAAUUGGUCCGGUCGAGCCAGUUCUAUUGGACCAGGUCCUCCACUCCAGUUUUAAAUGCAUUGGGAGCUUCUCCACUUUAGUAGAACUCAGGGCCUUAGACCCAAUAAUGGAAGCUGAGUAUUUGAAAGAAUUUUGCUUGGUCAUGUUCA